AUGAAAGACAUGGAGACUCGCAUGAGUCAAAUGGCAACUGCCAUUAAUCACCUGGAGUCCCACGUCUAUCGGAAAUUGCCAUCGCAACCUGAGGCAAACCCCAGAAAUGUAAGUGCAAUGACAUUGAGGAGUGGCAAGGAAGUGGGGGGCCAAAGGUUGGCAAAGACGAAGAAGGCAGAGAAGGAAAAAGAGAUCCUGGACGUAUUCAGGAGAGUGGAGAUCAACAUCCCCUUGUUGGAAGCAAUUAAGCAAGUGCCGAAGUACACGAAAUUUCUCAAGGACUUAUGCACCCAUAAAAGGAAAUUGAGAGGGGAUGAAAGAGUAGCGGUAGGAGGAAACGUAUCGGCCAUGCUCCAAAGGAAGCUCCCACCAAAGUGCGGAGAUCCAGGCAUGUUCACGAUCCCGUGCAAAAUAGGAAAUGCACCGAUUAGAAAAGCAAUGUUAGAUUUAGGGGCGUCAAUUAAUGUGAUGCCAAAGACCAUUUUUGCUUCUCUAAACCUUGGACCACUUAAAGAAACAGCCACUAUAAUCCAACUGACUGAUCGCACAAAUGCUUAUCCAGAAGGGCUAGUUGAGGAUGUUCUAGUUCAGGUAAAUGAGUUAGUCUUUCCUGCAGAUUUUUAUAUCUUGGACGUGGGAGAUGAAAAAUCAAUAAACCCGUCACCUAUCUUGUUAGGUAGACCAUUUCUUAGCACUGCCAGGACUAAGAUAGAUGUGAAUGAGGGUACUUUGUCAAUGGAAUUUGAUGGUGAAACAGUGAAUUUUAAUAUUUUUGAGGCGAUGAAGUAUCCAGAGAAAUCUAACUCAGUUUUUGCUUUGAGUGUUAUUGAGCCUCUUGUGCAGGAAACUUUCGAAUUAGAUGGUAAAGACGCAUUAGAAGUGGCCCUAACCAAGCAUUUUGAGUUAGGUGUAACUCUUGAUGUGGACUUGAGGGAUAAGUUACACCAUGCAGUCGAAGCCCUGCACUCACUUCCAACCGUAUCUCCAAGGUAUGAGCUUUCUUCUCUUUUUAUGCCAGAGAUUCAGACAAAGUUGCUUCCUUCAGUUGUGCAGGCACCGGAGUUAGAGCUAAAGCCUCUCCCAAAGCAUCUAAAGUACGCAUUCCUAGGAGACCAGGAGACGCUUUCGGUGAUCAUAUCUGCACAUUUGUCUCCAAGUCAAAAAGACAAACUGGUGAGAAUCCUUAGGGAGCAUAAGGAGGCAAUUGGGUGGAGUAUAGCAGAUAUCAAGGGAAUAAGUCCAUCCUUAUGUAUGCACCGGAUUCGACUCGAAGAUGAUGCGAAACCGGUGAGAUAG